AUGGAAAUCGGCGUACUUCCCGUGCUUAGACCUUCGACUGUUAUCUGCGGUUCUUACGGAAAACAAAAGACGCCACAUUGGUACGACCUGUACUUUCACUAUCGCUACACAAACAAUUCAAAGUUUAUAAGUUGGGGUGCGCUUCAGUUUUGCUUCUCAGUUGAUUUUUUGAUCGGUCGCGUUCAGAAGGGUCCGAAGUACCCCCACCGGUUGCAUAUCUUUCGGUGAUUGUACGAGCAGGAUGUUGUCAUAGAACCUUUUUCAUCUCGUGCCACAAAGUUUCAAUAGGUGACAGAUCUGGACUACUAGAAAC